AUAUAAAGCAAAAUACACUCUUCCCUCUCUCUUCUCUCUCUCUACCUCUGCGCAUCAAUCUCGAACUGCGUUUAGAUAUCAAUAAAGAAAUAACAAAUCUCUCUGCAACUACGAAGAUCCAAAUCCAUGGCGAUAAGGUCAGUAAAAGUUGGCAAUCUCUCUUCAGGAGCUACAGAGCAUGAUAUAAAAGAGUUUUUCUCUUUUUCUGGUGAAGUUGAAAGCAUCGACAUUGAAAGCAGUAAUGAGCAUAGUGCUUAUGUCACAUUCAAAGAUCCUCAAGGAGCAGAGACCGCUGUGCUCUUAUCAGGAGCGAGUAUUGCAGAUCAAUCAGUCAUCAUUGAAAUGGCUCCAAAUUACAGUCCACCGGAAGCCCCUCAUGCUGAAACCCAGGGCAGCGGUGGAGGUGGUGCAGAAUCUGUUGUCCAGAAGGCAGAAGAUGUUGUGAGCAGCAUGUUAGCAAGGGGUUUCAUUCUUGGAAAAGAUGCCGUCGGCAAAGCGAAAGCUUUUGAUGAGAAACAUGGCUUCACUUCAACCGCAACCGCAGGAGUUGCUUCACUAGACCAAAAAAUCGGUCUAAGCCAAAAACUUACAGCUGGAACAAGCUUGGUGAAUGAAAAAAUCAAGGCGGUGGACCAAAACUUUCAGGUAUCAGAGAGGACCAAGUCUGUGUAUGCAGCUGCGGAACAGACUGUGAGCAGUGCAGGGAGUGCUGUGAUGAAGAACCGUUACGUGUUAACUGGUGUGAGUUGGGCCGCAGGAGCGUUCAACAGAGUGGCUCAAGCAGCUGGAGAGGUUACACAAAAAACAAAAGAGAAGGUCGAAGCUGAGCAACCACCACAACCGUCACAGUCACAGCCGCAACUGCCAGAAGGGUAUUCUCCGAUUCAUUCGUCUGAAUACUCAAAGAACUAAUAUCAUCCAUCCAGUAAACUGUUUCGUUUGUUUCUCCUGGUUGGUUUCUUUGAUAUGAAAGCUGGGAAUGUGGUUUUAAUCUUUGGGAUGUAACAUAAAAGCUAUGCCUGGAUUUUCUCUACUAUUAUUAGACUUAAAAGUUCGGGGUUUCUCAGUAUU